AAUGAACUCAUUGUCCCCCAUAAACACCUCGGGCGGCAUGUCGGCGGCGUCCUCAAACGGCGGCAGUGUCUCGCCCCGUCAGGCGCCGAGCCCCAAGAACGUCGCAUUUGAGCUGCUGUUCCUCGACUCGCCCCAAUACCGUGCGCGCCUGCCCAUGCGAGUCCAGAUCUAUCCUCAUGAUACCACGGACUCGAUUGUCACAACCGUCAAGAACUUUUACGGCUUGUACUCGGGCCCGCCCGGAUCAAAAGGCGUCAGCUUCGAGGACGAGCUUGGCAACACCCUGAUUGCGCGAUAUGAAAAUUUCCGCAACAACAUGGUCGUCUACGUUCGAGUCAUCGAAGAGGCUCCCGGCGCUGCCCUCGAGUCGCAUCGCUAUCGCGGCCUGCACAUGGGCGCCGACUCCUACUACGGCGGCGAUGCCUACGCCCUGCCCCAGCGCUUCGGUCCUGACAUGGCCCGCUCCAAUUCGACAUCACCACGCCGCCGCAGUCCUUCGCCCAAUGUGUCGCGGGGACGCAGAAGCGACUCGACCAGCUCCAAUGGCAAAAAGGGUCGCUCUCGCUCCACCAAGAGCCGGGCGCUCCAAGGCCACGCUGACGCCUACGCCGAAAGCAUGAACGGCUACAGCAGCGGCGACGGCGCCCCGAGCACCACGUCUGCCCGAGCUAAGGAGCAGCUCGGCACCACCGACAUCAGCGUUGAGAACAUUGUCGAGGGCGGCCGACGAAAGAGGGCCAAGUUUGAAAGCUCUGAACUGCCGCUUUUCGCACCACCUCAAAUGCCGGCCGCCACUUCAAAUCCAUCCGUUUCUCCCGCGAGACGUAUUGAGCAUCACCGACACUCUCUCUCGUACGUCCAGACCAGUCAGAACCCUUUUGUACACCCCCGACCGCUGCAGUCGCCGCAGAGCUACGGUAGUGCGCAGGGCCAGAUGGGCCUGUACUCGACCCCUGUCUCCAGCGACCGUCGCGGUCGGCACAGCAUCUCCUAUGGCAGCCAUAGCAUGGCACAUGGCAUGGGCAUCCUCCCAACUCCCGACCCCACCGUCGGAAGCUGCAUGUCGGAGGAAGACAAGGAUGUCGCCAUUCAGCUCAUGCGGCUGGGCGAGAUGUCCAACAUUUCUCACGGUCGCACGUCCGCGUCGACUCUGGAGGACGCAUUCAGCGGUAGAGCCGACGCCGCGUCGAAGCAGUCGGUGGCGUCUGUCGGCCAUGUGUCCCCGGCUGGCGAGGACGAGCAGCCUGAUCUGUCGACCAAGCCGCGCUGCCAGCGCUGCCGGAAGAGCAAGAAGGGCUGCGACCGCCAGCGACCCUGUGGACGCUGCCGCGACGCCGGCCUCUCCGCGGACCAGUGCAUUAGCGAGGACGAGGGCAACGGCCGAAAGGGCCGCUAUGGCCGCCACAUGGGAGUGCCUUUGAAGAAGGAAGACAUCGCCAUCGCGUCCCAGCCCGCGCUUUUGCCCGCGGCUCCCAUCGCUGCCAACACAAUGACCGCCGACAAGGCCAAGAAGCGCAAGCGGUAG